UGUAGGACCAUCUUAAGGCUGCGACGUCUCAUUCGCCAGCCUGUGGUAGUUGGGUUUAAAUUGGUUGGCGGUUAGUUCCCGGUCUCUGCUAGGACAGUGAGGUUUUUCUGGGCCCUUCUUGCGGGAUCCGUAGGUACGUGUCUCGCCGCUUCUUUAUUCCCAGACUCAGAAGGACGUUCCCGCUCGCCUCCUCUGCCUCUUCGCACCCCCUUACGUUCCCUGCUCCCAUCUCCAUCCCUGACCUUUGUGUCUCGGUGCCCGGCUCUCCACGGCCUCCACCCGAGCGCCAUGGCUCCCUCUAGAAAGCGCAGCAGUCGGGCAGCCAAGACCAACUCGUUGCGGAGUCGGAAACUCGCCUCGUUUCUUAAGGACUUCGACCGAGAAGUGCAAGUGCGGAUCAAGCAAAUUGAGUCAGACAGGCAGAACCUCCUGAAGGAGGUGGAUAACCUGUACAACAUCGAGAUCCUGCGACUCCCCAAGGCGCUGCGCGAGAUGAACUGGCUCGACUACUUUGCCCUUGGAGGCAACAAACAGGCCCUGGAAGAGGCAGCAACAGCUGAAGUGGAUAUCACAGAAAUAAACAAACUAACAGCAGAAGCUAUUCAGACACCCCUGAAAUCUGCCAAAAAACGGAAGGUAGUACAAGUGGAUGAAAUGAUAAUGGAAGAAGAAGAAGAAAAUAGACCUCAGAAUUCCCAAACUACAAGAGUCAAAAGGUGUCCUCCAUCUAAGAAGAGAACCCAGUCCGUACAAGGAAAAGGCAAAAGGUCCAGCUAUGACAACCUCGUGACCCCAGCUGUGGGCCGGUUGGAGUUGUCUAUGGUGAAACCAACUCCAGGCAUGACACCCCGGUUUGACUCUAGGGUCUUCAAGACUCCCGGCCUGCGCACUCCAGCAGCCAGGGAGCAGAUUUACAACAUCUCCGUCAAUGGCAGCCCUCUUGCUGACAGCAAAGAAAUCUCCCUCACUGUGCCAGUGGGCGGCGGUGCGAGCAUGCGGCUAUUGGCCAGUGACUUGCAGAGGAUUGAUAUUGCACAACUGGAUCCCGAGGCCUUAGGAAACAUUAAGAAGCUCUCUAACCGUCUCGCCCAAAUCUGCAGCACCAUACGGACCCACAAAUGAGAAGACAGCAGGGCAUGCUGGAUUGGGUUGGAACUUGCUUGUCUCCCCUCUCCCCUCCCGUUGCUCCUCCAGUGCAGGGGAAGGUGGGUUUACUAAGGGGACCCCUAGGACCUUUUCACUGCUGUGCUCAGCAGUUCUUGUCAGCCUGGUUUGUGGAACAGCAUUUUAUGCUUAUUCCUGUUUAUCGAAGACCAAAAAUUGCUUGGAGGCAGCUUCCACAUCUUGCACCUCUACCUCUCUAGUCAAUGGGAAUUUAGAUAAAGACAUUGUAGGGCUUACCGUGGUCUAGGGUUGUGUGUGUCAGUCACAGAGUGACUCUAAGCUCUCUGAUCCUGUGGUCCUUGCUGAGUCUGCCAGCUGCCUUUGAUGGGAUGGGAUCAUGCAGAGGACAAGUGUAACUUGUCUGGCGACCCCACUCCACAUGUUUAGCCUGUGCCCUGGGCAAGGACUAGUUACGUCAAGUCAGCAGGGAGACCUCUGUGCUUCAGCAGCCUCUGCCCUGAAGAAUCAUGUCCUGUGUUCCAAGAAUUUGGGAAUGAGCAGUCUCCUCCCAGGCUUGCGGGCACACAGCCUUCUUCUGUGCGGCUCUUUGUUAUAUUUUGUAUUAGGUAUUGAGUCCUGCACAAACUGAAUUGUUUUCAAGUUGUUUUAUUCUCCCUUUCCUAAGACUUGUACAUACUCUCUU